CGCCGGCAUUUGGGCUCCAUUGGGGCAGUUUGAAUCAGAAUCUCAGUAAGCGAACAUCGUUGAUUGAAACAGCAAUCAUGCCAAUCGAAGUCAACACCCCCGAUAAGUUGGAGUACCAAUUCUUCCCCGCCAGCGGUGGAGUCUUUACCUUCAAGGUACGUUCUCCCAAGGAUGCUCAUUUGGCCCUGACACCCGCGCCCGAGGAGAACGGCCCCAUUUUCGAGAUCUUCCUGGGAGGAUGGGAGAACACCAAGUCGGUGAUCCGCAAGGACCGCCAAAAGCCCGAGGUCGCUGAGGUGCCCACUCCGGGCAUCCUGGAUGCCGGAGAGUUCCGUGGCUUUUGGGUGCGCUGGUACGACAACGUUAUCACCGUUGGCCGCGAAGGAGACGCCGCCGCCUUCCUUUCCUACGAUGCUGGUAGCCUGUUCCCGGUCAACUUCGUCGGCAUCUGCACGGGAUGGGGUGCCAGCGGCACCUGGCUGAUUGAUGAGUCCGCUCCAUCGGCUCCCGUCAUGGGCUUCGCCGCUCCCACUGGAAGCGGACCAGGAUGCUGGGUGCCUGCCGCCAAUGGAGAAGUGCCACCCAACGCACUGGAGGGAGGAUUCGACAGCAGCGAGCAGUUGUACAUCGCCCGUGCCCGCCAUGAGGGCGACCUCAUUCCCGGCAAGCUGCAUCCCUCCCACGGAGUGACCUACGUGGCCUGGGGAGGCGGUGAGCACGGCCACGCUGAAUACGAGGUGCUGUGCGCCGGCGGCGGCCAGUGGGUGCCCGUGGAUGCCGGAAACAUCCCGCCCAACGCCCUGCCCGCCGGAGAGACCGCCGAGGGCGAGCCGCUCUUCAUCGGCCGUGCCACCCACGACGGAACCAUCACUGUGGGCAAGGUGCAGCCCUCCCACGGAUGCUGCUACAUUCCGUACGGCGGCGAGGAGCUGGCCUACAAGGAGUUCGAGAUCUAUGUGGCCAACUAAGCCACGGAUCGAAUGUCCAACGCACUGAAACCACACGUUUUAUGAUAAAUCAGUUAAUCUGAGCGCUUUACAGUUCAACUGGUCGCAGAAAUUUUAUUUUAUUUAUAUGUGCAUUUCUACUCAAAACUGUUGGAGAAUCUCUAUAUUAUGUCGAAAAGUUUAUUACAUUGUUCACCGAAAUUGGUUAAUAAACAAUAAAUAUGUUUAAGAAAAUAACA